CUCUGUUCCUUUGGAAAUUCCCUUCCCCUGUCACAGCUGGGAGCGGUACGUGGGCUCUUUGCUUGGCUUUCCUCCUCAGUGGCCCACAGGAAAAGCAGAGACAAAGGAAAAGUGUUUGAAUAUCUACUGAAGUUUUCUGAGCAGCAGAGUGUUGCAGGACUGCGCUCUGGAGGUGAAGAGGAAAGUGCAACUCUUUUUUGUUGGUGGUGGUUGUUUUUUUUUUUUUUUUAAAUGCUGUGAAAUGCAAAAAUGCUCCAAGAGUAUCACAAUGUUUUCCUUGUUAGCAGUGGGAGGAAGAGGCAAGUGAGAGAAUUUUUCUUCUCUGGCCCUAAUGAGGUCUGUUUAUAUUUUGCAUUUAAGAUCUCUGGGUAAAUAUGUGGGGUGGCGAGUCACUGCAAAAGGAUUUUUGCUUAAGUCAGGUCUCAGUCAGCAGCGUAAUAGAAUGUGGUUUCCAGAACUCGUGGAGAAGGUUUAUGAGCAGUUAAUGCAUAUCGUGCAAGUUUUGCUCUAGCUGCUGUAGCUUUUUUGUACAAUUUAUUUUGAGGGAUUAAGUAUUGGAGAUACUGGGGUAAAGGACAGGGAGUCUGCGUUGCGCAUGUGCAUCAUGACCUGAGAAAUGGAUCGGCUUAGUCUUAACAGCUGAGUUGUAGUGAAUUGUCAGGGUAUUUUCUGGCAGGCAUGAGGCUUCAGUGUACGGGUAAAAAAAAGGCAGUUUGAUUCUGUCUCUCUACUUAGUAAUAUCCGUGUCUUUACUGAAGGGACUCUUGCUUGAGGCAAAAGCUCUUUCUGGUUUUCUUUUGGUUGCUUGCCCAAGUAAACAAUUUUAUCAUUGGAAAUAAAUACUUAAGUUUUCAAAUCUACCUUGUUCCCAGAAGGGGGCAGGGGAGACUUGCGAGUUAUGCAGUCUGAUAAAACAGACUUUUGUUUGCUUCUGUUCCCCUUCUGUGCUCGCUUUCGGAUGCAGCAGGCACUGCUGUCGCUUUGGUAGUGUGAGUGUGGCACAAUGAGGUCCCUCCUCCCUGCCAGAAGUCUGCAGCGAUCACACAGGCUCUGAGCAUUUUGUGUCCUUUGCUUCUUUUUCUUUGAGUUUUCUUCUGCCAUUCCCCCUCACCUGAUAUGCUGAGAUAUUACACAUAUAAAAACCAUGAGAAUAUGGAGUCUGGCUUGUUGGCAUCUAACUGGGUAAAAAUCUUAGCUCCUUAUUCCAUCAUUUGGAUUUUUCUUCUUAAUUAAAGCUGAAAAGAAGCUUCUCCGUGAAACUUUUUUUGGGAUUUUUCAGGAGGGGCCUAGGUCUGCUCUUUAGAGAGCUGACUUCCCUUUGCUAAAUUCACUCGGUCUGGCUGACAGUGAGAGGCAGGAUUUUUUGCCAAAUGUUUUAGAAAUGGGGUCAUGCAACUCUCCAGCAAGCUGGUUUUACAUCCUGCAAAGAGGCCUGUGGUUUCUUUGACAACCUGGAAGACGGACAGAACAAACUCAGCUAUGUUAGUUUGCAUUUCUGUCUUUGAAUUGUGGAAACAGCUUCUUUCUCUCAGGAUAGUGUGCUUAUUACAACAUCCCUGAUAAUUAUGAGGUAGCUUCUAUUUCCACAUCAGCAGUAAAAGGCUAAACAAAGACUGUGCUGAAUGGUGUGGCUGAGUGAGUGAUGGUUGGCACAGACUUGUGUGAGGUAUUCAGAGCUUUUUUUUAUGCCUCACUCUUCAGCCAUGAGGUCUCCUGGGCCCCUCUGUUCAAGACAGUGUUCAAAGAGGAAACAGCAAUCGGAAGUAAAUGAAAAGAGAGUGAGGGAUUGAGAGAAUUUGAGCCAUGUGAGUCCGUGGGACCUGAUGGGUUGCACCCAAAGGUGCUGAGCUGGCUGUGUCCUAAUGCUGCUGCAGAGAUGUUGUGAUGUCUCUGAUCACGUCACAAAGGCACGUGUUGCAUUUGUCUUCAAAACAGACCUAAAGGAUAAUCUGGGGACCUACUAGCUGGUCAUACUCCCUUCAGUCCCGGGACAGUUGUGGGUCAGGUCCUUUUGGUGUACACCUUUCUGGGCAUGUAGGAAUGUGAUUGGGAACAAUCAGGAUGGAUUUACCAAAGAUUGUUGUAAGGAAGCAGAUUGCCAGGAUUUCCCCCCUGUGGCUGCCUGACCGCUGCUGAGCUGCCCCUCCCAGCCCAUGUGGCUCUCCCCAUGCUCCAAGAGUGCACCUGGUGCCCAACGCAAUGUGUGUUUGUCAAACCAUGGAAGUGGGCAAGUAUGGCAAGAAUGCCACUCGAUCCGGAGACCGGGGGGUCCUGCUGGAGCCUUUCAUUCACCAGGUGGGCGGCCACAGCAGCAUGAUGCGCUACGACGACCACACUGUCUGCAAGCCCCUCAUCACCAGGGAGCAGCGCUUCUAUGAGUCUCUGCCCCCAGAAAUGAAGGAGUUCACGCCCGAGUACAAAGGGGUGGUGUCCGUCUGUUUUGAGGGAGACAGCGAUGGCUACAUUAACCUGGUGGCCUAUCCCUACGUGGAGAACGAGGCUCUGGAGCAGGAUGACAUGCCGGAGAGGGACCAGCCACGACGCAAGCACUCGCGUCGGAGCCUUCACAGAUCAAGCAGCGGCACUGAGCACAAGGAGGAAAAGCCUGGCCUGGCCAGCGACGGCUCUGAAAGCAGCAUCCAGGAAACGAAGAGUCCCAGGGUGGACUUGCACAUCCAUUCGGAUGUUCCAUUUCAGAUGUUGGAUGGGAACAGCGGUCUGAGCUCUGAGAAGAUCAGCUAUAACCCCUGGAGCCUGCGCUGUCACAAGCAGCAGCUGAGCCGCAUGCGGUCAGAGUCCAAGGACCGAAAACUCUACAAGUUCCUUUUGCUGGAGAACGUGGUGCACCACUUCAUGCUUCCCUGUGUGCUUGAUCUGAAGAUGGGGACCAGGCAGCACGGAGAUGAUGCAUCUGAGGAGAAGGCUGCUCGGCAGAUGAAGAAGUGUGAGCAGAGCACGUCCGCCACCUUGGGUGUGCGUGUGUGUGGGAUGCAGGUCUAUCAGCUGAACACAGGGCAUUACUUAUGCAGGAAUAAAUACUAUGGACGUGGUCUUUCCAUUGAGGGCUUCCGCAAUGCCCUCUACCAGUAUCUCCACAAUGGCAUUGAGCUGCGCAAGGACCUCUUUGAGCCUAUCCUUGCCAAACUGCGAAGCCUGAAGGCGGUUUUGGAGAGACAGGCCUCCUACCGCUUCUACUCCAGCUCCCUCCUCAUCAUUUACGACGGGAAGGACAGCAGGGCAGGGAUGUUUGUGGAGCGCCGGCCGGAGAUGCGCCUGAAACGGGUGGAGAGCUCUCUCCCGGAGAGCCUUCAGGAUGGCGGCGGCACGGAGCCCGGCUCCUCGGCCCAGCCCAAGGUGGACGUGCGUAUGAUUGACUUUGCACACAGCACGUUCAAAGGCUUUCGCGAUGACCCCACUGUGCACGACGGACCCGAUGUGGGUUAUGUAUUUGGGCUGGAAAGCCUCAUCAACAUCAUGGAACAGAUGCGUGAGGAAAACCAGUAGCCCUGGGCUACGGCCUCUUAUUCUUGUCCUGGUGGCAGGAGCAGACAAGACCACCUACUACCACAGGAAAAAAAGCAGACAACUUCGGUUUUAAACAAUUGUAUUGCUCCAUUGUUUUUAAAUGUACUUGGAUAGAAGAGCUGAGGGGAGGCAGGAUGGAAGAGCUCCUCAUGCUGCCCGGGUGGUUCUGACUGCGCCAGCCCUGCCUUCUGGAGGAGGCUCACUAGAUGCCUGCUGGGUGUUGGGUGUCCUGGUUCUUCUCUCGUCGCAUGUGCAUUCUGGAGGGAGGACCUGGAUGUAGGGAAGAGAAAGUAGGAGAGCACGGGGCUCUUCGUGGGGCUGGAGCUGUGGCGUGAGUAGCCUCCUGCCUCAGGAGCCUCCAGGAGAGCCUUCCCUUCAGAAUUCUCCUGGGUUUGGAAAGGGCGACCGGCAGCAUCUAUGGCGCUGAUGGUGAGCAGCACAGGUGCUGGUCUGUGUGUUCGCUGACGCUAGCUCUGCCCUGGGUUUUACUGAUGGGGCUUUGCUUUUGAUGCUGCCUUUUUUCUGCUGUUUGGGCACUGUGAAUAACCAACCCAAACACAGAAAUAAAAUGACCAAAUGCAACCCCUGGCAGAGCUGUGGCCGGGAGGGAAUGCAGCACGCCUGGAGCUGUGCUCGGGCCCGGGGCCUGCUUGCAGGCAGGCACGGGGGCUGUGUGAGAGUAAAACUCUACCUUGGACCACUGACCAAGCAAGAACUCAAAUUGUGGGCUAGCAAUAGUAUCUGUAGCAGUUAACGCGACCCCAGCCCUGCAGUGGGCGUUUCGGACCAUUUCAACCCUUCCUGUUGUGUGAUGUUGGUCCCACAGGUUCUAUGCGAGUGUCUCCCUGAUGCUGUUGGCCCUCGAGGCUGCUGUGGGGCUGCUUGUGCCCCCACAUGGGGCCCUCUGCCCUGCAGCCGCUGCUCUUUGGGCAGGUCCCUGCACAGGGGUGGUGGGAGGCCAAGGAUUAGGGCUACCUCCUCUUCUGCCUGGGGGUUUCAGGGGGAUGGGGAGGGGAGACCUGGCUGAACAGUGACUGCCAUCACCUGUUUGGCUUUGCUUCACAGAGUCAGUCUUUCCAAAAAUAAAUGAUCUGUUUGUGGGUGAAACAGCCAGCUGGGACAUGCUCUGCUGCCUGGGCCGGUGCUUUACCUGCAGCUUCCCUUGAUGAGGGCAUUAACGUUUGAUACUGCGGCCUGGUGGUACUGAACCCCAUGCUGCUCUGCAUCACCCCCUGUGUGUGUCUGUGCUGGGCCCCCCACUUGCUCCCUCCCUGGUGUCACUGACUUGUUCCAUGGUGUUACCAUUACCCUGACUGGCUGUGAAACUGCCUGGUUACCUGCGAGGCCAGGGUUGGGUUGUGGGUUUUGUUUUGGGUGUGUUGGUUUUUUGUUUUGUUUUUUACUUCAGGAAAGCUUGUUUGGGGAGUACUCGCAUGUAGCAUGUGUGCUGACUCUGUGUGUGCACGGUCUGUUGGGAAGUGUCAGUGCCCGGCUGUAGUUGCGGCAGCGGGCAGGGACAGUGCCGGCGUUGGUCUUGAAUCGUACCUCUGCCUCUCUCUCAUUUCAGAGCUUACCCACGCCACUGCUCCUCUCCAGCUCUCUGGACGAGGACCUUCAUUUGCACCCCUCCCCUGUGCUUGGUUACUACUUUCAUUGCUUCUGCCGGGCUCCCGGGGUGUUCAGGGAACAGGUUUGCGGGAGGGAGGGAGGCUGGGUGGGGCAGCGUCUGCCCCAGGAACCCGGAGCAGCCCGGGCUGUGCGUGUCCUUGUUCCCGGCGGGCUGGGGCAGGUGCAGGUGCAGGGCCGUUCCUCCUGGGGAGCAGCUCCGGCUCCCGCCGCUCCCCUGCCCGGCUCGGCCGGGCUGCGCGGUGCCAGAGCCGCCCCUCUCCCCUCCCUUCGGACCACGGCGGUGGGACUCCACAGCUUGUACAUAGCCUUGAUCCCCGUUUGUUUUUACAUGAAUAAUCACCCUGUUUGUGCUUCACAGAGAACCAAAAACCAUUAAAGGAUCUGUUUUUGUC